UCUGUCCCGGUAUCAGAACUUCCGUUUGCGAAUUCCAGGGUCAGACACCCACCGUCUGCUCCACACUGGACUUAUCUGAACUUAAAGGCGAGGGGGGACGUUUAUGAGAAAGACACACCGACGUGAUUUCAACGCAAGGAAAGGUUGGACUCAGGCGCCACGUCAGUGAUAUGAACUUUUCUGUGUUUCGGGGGAACUCAUCAGAAGUUGCCAUUUUUUUGUGUGCCCGCAACAGCUGCAGCGUUCAAACUCAAGAAACGAAGAAGAAAAGUGACUCGUCAGCGACAGAGCUGAAUCAUGCUCUGUUUCAACACAUUUAAAGGAGGAUUAAUGACUUGUGUCUUCAUCUCAAGUGUGCUUUCCGCUGUAGCCUGACUCACUGGCAGACACGCACAACCACUCGGCUGCCUGUGUCUCCGUUUUCCGCCGGGCCCCGCGGCUACAGCAGCUGAACCGGGUCGCCGCCGCUGGAGUCGCCCGGCCCCUGUCAGGUGAGAGGCGUGGCUUUGGGCUUGAAGGCUUUGUUCUCAAACACCUGAGUGUGUGUGGGAGUAACAAGAGAGCUGGAGCUGGAGUAUGUUCAGGAGGUUUAUCUCAUUCACACGUGAAUAUUUUCGCAGGUUGUGUUUAAUAUUUCCCUCACAGGCCUGUGGGCCGUGAUGAGAAGUCAUACUUUUUCGAAGUCUGACCUUUUGGAGCGACGAAUGGAAAGUGGGUCAGAGUGUUUCCAGUAGGCUACUUAACUAUUUACAAACCGGUGGGUACACUUGGGCCAUGGCGUUGUCUCAGAUUCAGUGUCUGGACGACCACCACAUAAACUGGCGCGUGAGCGAGAGCAAACCGGAGUUUUUCUACAGUGAGGACCAAAGGCUGGCGCUGGAGGCUCUCAUCACCAAGGGCCGUGAUGCGUUCAUGGACUACACCCUCGAAAAUAACAUCCGGCAAUUCCUCUCGGAACCGGAGCUGGAGCGAAUUGCACAGAUAGCGGAGGCCUACCGACCUGGGCACGAGCAUCACCAGAAGCCAGACACGCCCGGCCCAGGGAGCACUACUCCAGGGCUGGGGAAUAUCACCCCAGGGUCCGCGGAAGACGCUGACGGUCCGGUGUCCCUCCAGUACUGGCCGGACCGAUCUGAAGCCUCAGUGGCGGAGUUGGACCUCGGUUGGCCCGAGGCCAAUUCCUACAGAGGGGUCACGCGCGUGACCGUGUACACCCAACCUCCCACUGACGGACACACGCACAUCAAAGAAGUGGUGCGUAAGACCAUUGCAUCAGCCCAAAAGGUGAUAGCCGUGGUGAUGGAUGUGUUUACAGAUGUGGAUAUCUUUCGAGACCUGCUGGAUGCAGGCUACAGGCGCAAAGUUCCUGUUUACAUUAUCAUCGACCAGGCUGCAGUCCCCUCUUUUCUUUCCAUGUGUGGCAGAGCUGAUAUGCACCGUGGACACCUGAAGAAUCUGCGUGUACGGUGCUGUGGAGGGGUGGAGUUCUUCACACGAUCAGCACAGAAGGUGCGUGGUUCAAUGAGCCAGAAGUUCCUCCUGGCUGAUGGAGACAGAGCCAUCUCAGGCUCAUACAGCUUCACCUGGUCCUCGUCUCGCUUGGACCGUAACCUCAACACUGUGAUCACAGGACAGGCAGUGGAGACCUUUGACUUUCAGUUUCGGGACCUUUUCCUCCUGUCCAGAGGUGUGUCUCUCCAAAAGGUUCCCAUGGUAGAUGAACCAAUCCCUGACCCUCUACCUCAGGCUGCCCCUGCUCCGAUUUCAGCUGCUAUUGCUCGGAAACUUAUUAAUCCCAAAUAUGCCCUGGUUUCCACAGGAACCCACACAAGUCAAACUUCUUCGGAACAAAAUUCAAGCAAACAGAUUCCCCCUGGGCUAAAGAUUGUUAAGGGACGUUUAAAGAAUGUUAUUGAAGAGCCACCCAUACAUCCUGGAUUGGCUAAUCUGGAGAAAGUAUACCUGAUUCCAUAUCUGCCCACCUGGCCAGAGCCAGAUCCACCAAGCGAUGUGAUUGGAUUUAUCAACAUCAGAGAUGAAAAGCGAGCCAAUCAGGUUCACUUACAGAGGUCUGAGAGGUUUGAGGUCAGCCAGGCUAUACGCUUCACCUCACCGCUGACAGUACCUGCACCAGCUGAGGAGCCUGCUUCAAACCAGGAUGUGAACAAAGCUGGAAUAGCAGAAAAUCCUUCUGGGAAUAAAUGUAAAGACACCUCUACUCCUGUGAGUCCAACCAAGAAACAGUAUAAAAAGCAAACGCAAACAGCUGUGUGUAAAGACGAAACUGAUGUAACAGAUUCAAGAGGACCUCCUCAGCAGCAAAACACACCUGUAGGUCAAGAAACACACAAACCAAAUAAACACACUCCUACAUCACAACCCACUGUUACCGCUGAUUCACAACCAACAGACAAUGCUAAACAAACUCCAGAGGACACACAAACUGUAGCCCCUCCUGUUCCUAAACCACGCACAUUGCAGAUAGUCGUUGACCCUGUCAUCUCAGAUCAGCCUGGCCAACCACAAGUGACUCUGAUGAAAAUGAACCAAUCAGAUGAGGAGGAGGAGGAGGAGGAGGAGGAGGAGGAGGAGCUGAAACCAAGACACAGCAAUUUACUAUUAAAGGACGACGGGCGGGACUCAGGCAGCAACGGUGAUGGUAGCCAAGAUAGCACAAAGGUUAUAUGUGACCUAGCCGCCAAUGAUGAUCCUUCAAGCACCUCCACAGCAUCAGAAGAGGAGUUUUAUGACUGUGACCAGCCAGAAACAAGAGACCAGAUGAUCCAUAGGGUGACGACAGGGUCUGGUCGUGGGCAGCGCCUUGGAGAUGGUCUCAACAUGAUGGCUCGCUUCUCCCAGAGCAUGCUAGACCUACGGGAGCCCAGCAAAACGGAGGAUAGCACUGACCUGAUACGCCAAUCACAGCAGCUCCGCAGACAAGGUCACCCCUCACCACACAGGCACAUAGGACAGUUGUAUCAGACCUCAAAAUCUCCAGGUCGUGAUGGACGACUGAGAGCAAAUAAAGUAGUCAUUGCUAAACCAGGAAGUUUCCACCGCCCUACCCGAGCAACUGGCCCUGUGAUUGGAGGACACCGUUACUGGCAGGGUCAAACGCUGCAGCCUGAUUCAUCUGGGCUGCAUGGCGAGACACGUUCCGGCCGAUCGCCAAGACGCCACAGCCCUGGUUACAGGAAGACAGACCAUGCAUUGCCACAGCCACCAGCCAAUCCCUCUGGCUUACUAGGAUUAUCUUUCUCAAAACUGAACAGUUUAAAACAUUUAAGGGCAAAAGGUGGGGCACCGCAGAAAAAAACGACUCAAAAUAACAGGCCCACCAGGUAGAACUGUGAGCAAGUACCUGAAAAAUGGUGAUUUGAUUUUAAGAAAUUGAUAACUCUUCAGUGUGUUAAUCUCUAUUUCUUGGAUGCAAAGUCAUUUCCUGUUUUUAAACCUUAAGGCUCAACAUUUAGGACCUCUGUAACUAGGACAGUUUGACUAGGUCAACAAGGGUUUGCAAUUUCAUUGGAGGAAUUGUUUGAUGAGGUUUUGUCUUUAAAUGAAUUACAUAUCCUUCAAUUUCUGUUUUUAUUAGAAAAAAGGCUUAUGAUUGGAUUUUCCAGACUUAAUGAUAACGAAUUUUAGUAACUGAUACUAAUAUCUGGAAUAAAAAUGAACACAGAUACAUAUUUAGCAAUUGAUAUGUAUGUUUACAAACAUGCAUAAACACUCUCUCUCACACACACACACACACACACAUUUUUAGCAUACUUUGCUCAAAUGUAUUCAUUCAAGAGUUGUUCUAAUGGUUUAACAUAAGCAGGGUAUAUAUUUGUAGGUGAUAACAAGUCAUGAGAGAUACUGGGACAGUGUGAUAGUAUUUCUUUUAGAAUUGUAAAUAAUGUUUUGAAAAAAUAUUUCUUCAUUACCUCAACUGCUGGUAUUUUUCAUUUUUGUACUGUAACCAACAUAGAUGUGUUGUAACUGUGUUUUAACUAUGACAUGUAACAUUUGCAAAUCAUGUCACCCCACUGAUACAGGAGUCAUGCUCUAAUGGUGAUACCACUGUGAUUGGUUACUGAUUUUGCCAGGGUAGGCUGCUGUUUUGAUUGCUUUGACAUAUUGUCAGAUGUGAGGAAUUACCUAUGCAGAUGUUGAGAAGUGGUAUGUAUGUAAUUUAAUCGUUGAUGUGGGACCAAAAGGGAACGUUGUAAAUAAAAAGACAGAUUGUUGCUGACCAAA